ACGACUGACGUCACUGCCACCGCUGACUGCAGGAGAAGGGGAUCGAAGAUGGCGCUGCGCAUGGUGUGCUCCUCGGUGCUGCGAGCAGGGACGGACUUAGCAGGCAACAAUGUCAGGACGUUUCGGAAUUCAGCCCGUGUUUGUCGCUGGACCCCCCCGCUCGGUCCGAUGCCCAAUGACGAGGUCGAGAGUGAAAACCUGGAGUCUCUUGAGAAAUACCGCAGCUACACGCGCUACUUGAAGAAAGCCGAGGAAGAAAAGAACACGUCCGUUUGGUGGAAAACCUACAGAAAACAUGUCGAGGAUCGGGAUCCUGAACAUGGGGCUGAGCGGGUGAACAUCGGACUGCCACGCUAUCGGACCUCCAGGAUCGCAGAAGUGAGAGAGCGACGGCAGAUCGUGAAGGACAACAAGAAGAACAUCGCGCUGGAGCAGGCCACCCGUCUGCGCACCUUCAAGAUCCCCUUGGACCGCGUGCAGGAGGGCUGGGAGAGGAGCUCGGGCCCGUUUCAGAUCCAGCGGCUGGCGGACCACUACGGCGUCUUCAGAGACCUCUUCCCCAAGGCCUUCUUCCUGCCUCACGUCUCCCUGGGCAUCAGCUAUAGCCAGGAGAACAGCCACAGAGUGCAUUAUGGGAACUGCCUCACACCGACUGACGCCUCGCUGGCUCCUCAGGUCGGCUUCGAGGCGGAGGAGGGCUCCCUGUGGACGCUGCUGCUUACCUGCCCAGAUGAGCAUCUCCUUGACAACGAGGCAGAAUACGUACACUGGCUCGUGGGUAACAUCCCGGGGGGCCAGGUGCAGUUGGGGCAGGAGCUCUGUGGUUACCUGCCCCCCUUCCCCGCCAAGGGCACGGGCUUCCACCGCUACGUCUUCGUCCUCUUCCAGCAGCAGGGCCUCGUGGACUUCAGCGAGGACGCCAGGACCUCUCCGUGCCACUCUCUAACCGAUCGCACCUUCAAGACGGUGGACUUCUACAGGAAGCACCAGGACUCCAUGACCCCAGCCGGUCUGGGCUUCUUCCAGAGCCAGUGGGACGAGUCGGUCACCAACACCUUCCACAACACGCUUGACAUGAAGGAGCCGGUGUUUGAGUUUGUGCGGCCCCCCGUGUACCACCCGGCGCAGGUCAAGUUCCCCCACAGGCAGCCGCUCCGCUACCUGGACCGCUACCGUGAGGGCAAGGAGCACACCUACGGCAUCUACUGAGCCCCACAGACAAACACAUCUGGAGCUACCGCUGGACGACAUGUUAAUAUAAUAAAUAGUUUUUUUUGUA